UGAUGAACUAUAAAGAGAGCCCCUAACACCACUUAGAAUUCAUCUUCCCCCACCCAAAUCAAACAACUAUCUUCCUACACCAUUAUUAUCAAUAUGAAUUCCUCAACACAAUCCUCCAUCUUGUUCAGCCUUGUCUUGAUUCUCAUCAUUGGCAAUGUUGCACAAGCUCGUGUAAACUUGGGAAAAUCCCUUCCCAUAACCGACUUGAUAACUAAAGUUUGUGACGAUGAACUGGUGAUAGAAAAGGCAAAAUGCAUUGACAUCCUGACAUCAAACCCUAAGAUUCUAGCAGCAAAGAGCCCUCUUCAGAUCUCAAAGUUGAUCCUUACCUUGGCAGUGAACAAGGCCGGCAAGGGACAGAAAUUCCUUCAGACUUUGGCGGAGAAGGACAAGUCUCCGGCGAUUCAACAAUGCGCUGGAUCCGAUUAUGAUGCUGUCAUUGCAUCCUUCCAGAGUGCCCUUAAAGGGAUCGAGAACGAUCCCAUUACUGCGAAUUAUGAUGCCAAGAUCGCCGGCGAUGACGCCGAUAACUGCGCCAAAGGUUUGGCCGAAGCGAAGAUCGUUAACCCUGCUGUUACCAAGAUCAACGAUGAGAUUAUGCUGCUUUCAGACAUAGCUUUUGGUGCAACAAAUCUUAUUGAGAGAAAAACUCCUCAAUAGGGGAUGGAUUACUGUUGAAGAGUUU